AUGGCUACCUUGUUUGCAGACGACGAGGUGGAAACAGAAGCAUCAAUCAGAAUAAAAGCGGCUUUCCGGCCUGGAAACCCUCGCCAGGAUAAUUCUCCAUGGCCACUGAAAGUGGUUCUUUGGGCAGAAGGCGAGGCCAAAGCGAUACUCCAGCGGACCCGCAAUUUGAAGGGAACUCCGGUGCGGUUCCUCAGGGAUCUUGAUACGGAACAGCACAGUAAACUGAAAACUGCACUGGAGGAACUCAGGGAGCGCCGAGCAAAAGGGGAAACUGAUCACUUUAUACGGGAUUUUCGUAUACAUCACCCUCAGCUGCGUUGGCUACCUUUGGUCGGGGGAGAACUCAGGAGACUGUUUAACCACGGACCAGGGGAUCAGGCUGAGGAGCUAAUGGCGAAGUAA